UACCCAAGGCUCGCGGCCGCCAUAUUGCGGCGCUGUCAGCGGAGGCGGCGGCGUUUGCCGCUCUUUGCGCCGGAGGCCAGUCAGCUGGGGAGCCCUGAGGAGAAGAGUGGCGCUCGGAGCGGCCCCGCAGCGCCUCCUGGCCGGCUCUGCCGCCCUCUUGACGCCCAAGGCCGCCGGGAGACCAAAAGGCCGGCCAAGAGGAGAGAGAAGUCGCAGCCCCCGCCAGGGAGAAGAAAACAAGAUUGAGUCCAGUUGAUGUUUUAACUGAACAAGAAACACAGAAAAGGGGGCAAAAUGCCGAAACCAAUUAAUGUAAGAGUUACUACAAUGGACGCAGAACUGGAAUUUGCCAUUCAGCCUAACACAACAGGAAAACAACUUUUUGAUCAGGUUGUAAAAACAGUUGGCUUGCGGGAAGUCUGGUUUUUUGGACUUCAAUAUGUGGACAGCAAAGGAUAUACAACUUGGUUGAAAUUAAAUAAAAAGGUAACACAGCAAGAUGUAAGGAAAGAAAAUCCACUUCAGUUCAAAUUCAGGGCCAAGUUUUUCCCCGAGGAUGUAUCUGAAGAAUUAAUACAAGAAAUAACCCAGAGACUUUUUUUCCUGCAAGUCAAAGAGGCCAUUUUAAAUGAUGAAAUUUAUUGUCCGCCUGAAACUGCUGUUCUUCUAGCUUCUUAUGCUGUUCAAGCCAAGUAUGGCGAUUACAAUAAGGAAAUACAUAAGCUAGGAUAUUUGGCAAAUGACAGACUGCUUCCCCAACGUGUAUUGGAACAACAUAAAUUGACAAAGGAACAAUGGGAAGAGAGGAUACAGAAUUGGCAUGAAGAACACAGGGGAAUGUUGAGGGAAGAUUCUAUGAUGGAGUAUCUGAAAAUUGCCCAAGAUUUGGAAAUGUAUGGCGUCAACUAUUUUGAAAUUAAGAACAAAAAGGGAACUGAGUUAUGGCUUGGUGUUGAUGCGUUGGGUUUAAAUAUUUAUGAACAUGGGGACAAGUUGACUCCCAAGAUCGGCUUUCCUUGGAGUGAAAUCAGAAAUAUUUCAUUUAAUGACAAAAAAUUUGUGAUAAAGCCUAUUGACAAAAAGGCCCCUGAUUUUGUCUUUUAUGCACCACGGCUGAGAAUUAAUAAGAGGAUAUUGGCAUUGUGUAUGGGAAACCAUGAGCUAUACAUGAGAAGGAGAAAGCCAGAUACAAUUGAAGUUCAACAGAUGAAGGCCCAAGCCAGAGAAGAAAAACACCAAAAACAGUUGGAAAGAGCACAAUUAGAAAAUGAGAAAAAGAAAAGAGAAAUAGCAGAGAAAGAAAAGGAAAGAAUAGAACGUGAAAAGGACGAGUUGUUGGAACGACUAAGACAAAUUGAAGAACAGACAAUGAAGGCACAAAAAGAACUAGAAGAACAGACUAGAAGGGCUCUUGAGCUGGACCAAGAACGAAAGAAAGCAAAAGAGGAAGCAGAGCGCCUGGAGAAAGAUCGGAGAGCUGCAGAAGAAGCAAAAGCUGCUCUGGCAAAACAGGCUGCUGAUCAGAUGAAAAAUCAGGAGCAGCUAGCAGCAGAACUUGCUGAAUUCACUGCUAAGAUUGCACUUUUGGAGGAGGCCAAGAAAAAGAAGGAAGAAGAAGCCUCAGAAUGGCAACACAAAGCUUUUGCAGCCCAAGAAGAUCUAGAAAAGACCAAAGAAGAACUGAAGACUGUGAUGUCAGCUCCUCCCCCUCCACCGCCCCCUCCUCCUCCUCCCCCUCCUCCUCCACCAGUUGUUCCUCAAACAGAGAAUGAACAUGAUGAACAGGAUGAGAACCAUGCUGAGGCUAGCGCUGAAUUAGCAUCUGAUGAAGCUGUGAAUCAUAGAAAUGAGGAAGAGCGUGUAACGGAAACACAGAAGAAUGAACGUGUUAAGAAACAGCUACAGGCCUUGAGUUCUGAGUUGGCCCAAGCCAGAGAUGAAACCAAGAAAACCCAGAAUGAUGUCCUUCAUGCGGAGAAUGUCAAAGCAGGCCGUGAUAAAUACAAGACUCUUCGACAGAUCCGACAAGGAAAUACAAAGCAACGCAUUGAUGAAUUUGAAGCAAUAUAGAUUUAUAGCAUUCAAAGAAUAUACAGCUGCCUUUUUGUCAAGUGAAAUUCUGCAUCUUGAUGUAACCUGUCACUAUAUCCUGUCCAAUGAGAGGAUAUGACCUGUAUGGGCACGUUUCCUGAAUUCCUCUGUAUGAUAUCACUGUGAGGCUCAUUUUUUGAUGAAGGCUGUGCAUAAAACAGCAUCUGACAACGCACUCUAAGCCCCGUUCAACAUGCUCUUCUUGUUCUUUCCUGAAAAUUGAAGCAGUAAGGGAGGAAACAAUGUCAAUGUGCUCUGCAUUUCCAGGGAAUAUAACAAGGGGAAUUGUGGCAGAACAAGGAACAGAUGAGUUACAUGAACAACCAUUAGGUGGAAGCAAACAUGCAUCCAGUGAAUAUUGAAUGUGUGUCUAGAAUUCAUGUUGAAUCGCUCUUACCUGGAAUGACUAAUUAGAAUCUAGCACCAUGAGGAUCAUGUUGUUGAUAGAAGUGAAACUGAAAUGUGUGCAGUGUUUCUAGGUAUUUAAUUAAAAGUUGGAAGAAAGAAGCUCUGCUUUCUCUGAGGAUGGUUCAGCUAUCUUUUGUUAGGUAUUAUGCACUCAAAAUUCACACUUACCUGUAACAAUUGCCAUUUUUAUAAAAUUUCCAUGCACAAGUUCCCUAUGAACCUUUGUGUUUAAGAGAGAUCCUUCAAGGGGGCACAUUAUGAAAGAAACACAUACACCGGUAUAUUAUUUUUGGAUAAGGGUAGCUGGCUAGCCUUGUAUAGACUUGCGUGCAAAUGGUGUGCACGUGCCCAAAACACUGUUUGAUUGCCCUGGGCAUUUCUGCUUCCUGUUGCAGAAAAUGGGGCAAGCAUCUUGCAUUUUUUUCAUGCAGUGAAUUACAAAACCUGUAUAUCUGAAGUGUUCAAAACCUUUGCCAUAGCAGGUGGAAUGCAGUGCAUGGGUUUCCCCUGAAAUGUAUGCAUGGGCAUUGACAUGCUAGCCUGCGAGUGUGAGGAGUGGGGGAAUACCAGUCAGGUUUGCUGUUCAUUAUCUAUGAUGUAUAGCUUAGUACUUAAAUGGAUCUAAUUCAUUUAUAAAAACUGUGUGAAUUUUUCUAAGCAAUCAGGAAUUAACCUAUAUUGCAAGGUUUUUCACUAUGAACAAAAUGAUGCUGAUGAUACUGGUCACCAGCUUCUGGGGAAACACCCCCACAUGCUUCCCCUCUUCUUCCCCCUCCCCUCCUUAGCAUCAUGUUUUGUGUUGUAAAAUUAAGCUACAGUAAAUAACACCUAUUAUUUUGGAUAACAUUCAUUGGCUAACAAUAAAGAGAAUACAGUCA